GCUCGAGAACGUUUGAGUGACCAUGGAGCGCGUUAGCUGUCAUGUAAUAACACAAUAAUACGGCCAGGAAAGAGGGGGAAGGACACUUUUAACGGAAUAUAAAGCUAUAUAGUUGGAAAUAUGGCUGUAAGAGAAGAAGGAGAUGUUUUGCACAGUAAAAUCAAGCAUCACGAUGGGGUUGGCUAUGCAAACAGCACAGAAAGCUUCAGGAACGGCUAUGUGAAGAGCUGCGUCACCCCUUUAAAACAAGAUCACCAAGGGGGCUUUUUAUUUACUGUCUGCAGGUUUUGCAAUGCGGAUUUAUUAGGCUCGAAACGAUUUCGCGCUUCGGCUCUUUACUUGAGUGCAUUCGCAGUUUUUGCUGUUUCGCUGCUGAUUUCCAGGAGCUUGCAGAGUGGACAUUGCUUUUUGGAUCUGCAGACUUUUCUAUUGGGGCUUUCACAAUCCAUCAGUCCCCUCUUCAGCAUAGGCAGCGCGUUCUUCUUUUUAACAAUAUACCUAACGAGGAAAAAGAGGGAAAGUUAUAGGUGCUGGCUCGUGUCACUGCCAGCAUCAUGCUACUUGGGGGAUUUCUUGGUUUUGGUGUUUCUGCAGUUGGGAGAGGAUCAGCAUCAGAUGCAAAUGGUGGGCAGACUGCUCUUUGUGUUGGGCUGUGUGGGUUUGCUCACACUGAUCCCAACUUUGAAACUCAAACACAGUGUUCUAAUCUUGAUUUUCGCCAGUUUGGUGUGGCUGGUUUCCUUUACCAGCCUUGGCUGUCUACCCUCCUAUCUGAGACCCCUCUUAGCUUGCCUGGCUGGGGUGUCUGGCUCUCUCCUGGCGCUGUACUUCGAUAAUUAUGACCCGCCAAGGGAAACGCCGCACAGGAUCCCUAACGAGGAAAAAGUUCCUGUCAUCAGGCCCAGGAGACGGUCCAGUUGUGUUUCUUUGGGAGAGACGUCAACCAGUUAUUAUGGCAGUUGUAAAAUGCCCCGGAGACCUUCACUGCCUUGUAUUUCCAGAGAACAGAUGAUUCUAUGGGACUGGGAUCUGAAGCAGUGGUACAAGCCACAGUAUCAGGGAGCAGCCAGUGGCAACGGGGUGGACCUGUCGGUCAUCAACGAGGCGCGGAACCUGGUGUCGGACCUGCUGCUGGAGCCGUCGCUGCCCCCCCACGCGGCCGCCUCACUGCGCAGCAUUAGCAGCCUCAUGGGGGUCUUCUCCGGCUCCUGCCGCCCCCGCGUCACCCCCUUCACCCCCUUCCCAGGGUUCUACCCCUGCGCUGAGGUGGAUGACCCAGCCGAGAAGGGGGAGAGGAAGCCGCACAAGGGAAUGAGCAGCAGAAACAGCCUGCCGACUCCGCAGCUGAGACGCAGCUCCACCACCGCUUCCCUUCCCCCGCAGGAAGCAGCCCCGCCCCGCUGGGACCGCAGCAGCAGCAAGAGGCCCCACCCAGAGCUCGCCACUGCCAGUCAAGGGUCUCCGACCAACGGGCCUAGUGCUAACCUGCUGACCAUCCCCAAGCAGCGGUCCUCCUCGGUCACCCUGACGUAUCACGCGGCGCCCAGGAGAGCAGGUACGUCCCCCUCCCUGAGCCCCGUCAGUUCCCCCACCCUCAGUUCCCCCACCCAUGGCCCCCCCUCCGUGGGCUCCGCCCUGGUGACGCGGCCUCCGGUGGAGUUCCCUGACACGGCCGAUUUCCUCACCAAGCCCAGCAUCAACGUGCACAAACCGCUGGGGUACACCCUGAGCUCCCCCGACUUCCAGCAGCAGCUCCGUGCCCCCGGCAUCCUCGUCUGCACCAGCUGUGGGCGUCAGAUGCUGAAGGCCACGCCCAGCCUGGACACAACGGAGAGUCACGUGCCGUUGGCUGCCGAGGUGGACCUCCGUCGCCCAGGUGAAGGGGCAGACAGAAGCGGCGGUGGAUGUAUCAGGGAAGUGUCGGAGACGCCGGGCGAGGGGUGUCCCGAAUCGGGGGGCGGGACCCAGGUGGAGACUGAGCAGGACCCCAAGCAGGAGCAGCAAAGUCAGGAGCCCGAGAGUGAGCAGGACUUCGUGCUCGACCCCCUGCUGGAGGACCACGAAGCUCUCAUGGAGAGAAUCGACACUUGGAACUUCCAGAUCUUUGAACUCGUGGACCAAACGGGCGGGAAAACAGGGAGAAUCCUUAGCUAUGUGACGUACACUCUAUUCCAGGACACCGGCCUGUUUGAAAUCUUUAAAAUCCCAGUGCGGGAAUUCAUGACGUACUUCUGUGCGCUUGAGAAUGGCUAUCGAGAUAUACCCUAUCACAACCGGGUCCAUGCCACAGACGUCCUGCACGCAGUCUGGUACCUGACCACGCGGCCCAUCCCGGGGUUCCAGCAGAUCCACAAUGAGCAUACGACAGGAAGUGACACAGAUUCGGACAGUGGGAUAUCUCCGGGCAGGGUGGCCUACGCCUCCUCGAAAAGUUCCUCCAUCUCGGACGACAGCUACGGCUGCCUGUCCUGGAAUCUGCCCGCCCUUGAGCUCAUGGCACUAUAUGUAGCAGCUGCAAUGCAUGACUACGAUCAUCCCGGUCGCACAAACGCCUUCCUCGUAGCCACCAAUGCACCACAGGCUGUGCUGUAUAACGACCGCUCAGUCCUCGAGAACCACCAUGCUGCCUCCGCAUGGAGCCUGUACUUGUCCCGGCCCGAGUUCAACUUCCUGGUCAACUUGGACCACAUGGAGUUCAAACGCUUUCGCUUCCUGGUCAUCGAGGCCAUCCUCGCUACAGACCUGAAGAAGCACUUUGACUUCUUGGCCGAGUUCAAUUCCAAGGUGAAUGAUGUGAAUAGUCCAGGAAUCGACUGGACUAAUGAAAACGACCGGCUGUUAGUCUGCCAAGUGUGCAUUAAGCUGGCUGACAUCAACGGGCCAGCGAAAGGUCGAGAGCUUCACCUCAAAUGGACCGAAGGCAUCGUCAGUGAGUUUUAUGAGCAGGGUGAUGAAGAGGCAAGCCUGGGAUUACCCAUCAGCCCCUUCAUGGACCGCUCCUCACCGCAGCUGGCGAAGCUGCAGGAGUCCUUCAUCACCCACAUCGUCGGGCCACUCUGCAACUCGUACGACGCCGCCGGCUUGUUGCCUGGAUACUGGAUCGAUGAGGAGUGUUCUGAGGAUGAGGAGGAAGAUGAAGGCGAGGACUCUGAAACAGAGGACGAAGAGCUGGAAGAGGACCUUGAACCAAAAAGGAGAAAGCGCCGGCGGCGGCUGUUCUGCAACAUCAUGCAGCACCUGACGGAGAACCACAAGGUGUGGAAGAAGACCAUCGAGGAGGAGGAGAAGAGCAAGGAACUGAGCAAGCAGCAGCAGCAGCAGGCGGCCGAGUGUCCGUCCCUACCCUCCGCCUCGGAGGACAUCCAGGUCAUCCAGGAGGAGGCCGAGGAGGAGGAACGCCCGUAGCAGGAGGAAAGGAGAUCCAAGGCCAAGACAGGAAGCCGGGCAGGACUCGUGAGGGAGGCGACGGCAGUGGCGGAGGAGGCGAGACCCUCCCCCUGCAAACACACACACACACACACGCGCGCGCGCGCGCUGAGGACCCCGCCGAACCUCCACGUGCUGAAUUAUCACUGUGCUGACACCCAGACUGGCGCAGCCCGCGUCAGCUCGGAAAAUAAGGCCUUAUUACUGUGAGCGGACUCCUGCCACAGCAGCGGGAGCCCCACUCCUAUGCACUUUCGCCCCACGGGAGGAAAAAAAAAAGAAAGAAAGAACGCUUCAGAUGAGGGAACGCUUUGGAGCGAUGAGGUGAGAGAGACGGUGCUGAAGCACGGCCACCACAGGGGCACCCAGUCCUGAUGCUGCCUUGUUGAACACAGAGCGCUUUACUUACUGCAAGGUACUUACACAAAGGGAGAAUUAUACAACAGAACAAUAAGCCCCAUUUUAGUGAUUGAUAAGAGUUACCAAAGUGAACAGUUCAGUUUAAAUAUAGAGAGACUCAGAGGAAUCAUGGAAUGAUUCUUCUGAGACUCGUUCAGGCUCACUGCUGGAGAAACAAAACAAAACAAAAAAAAACAUAUUCAAAUGUGCCUGUUGGAAUCUGCAGCUGAGGCUGCGUAUUGACUUAUUUUUGCACAAAUGGUGCAGUCUCCUCCUCCCUUACCUGCUAACACAAAACACUGUAUCACAGACUCUGUUUUUGGAAGUGCUGACAUUCUGACUGAAAGCUAAUAUUUCACACUUAUCCUUUUUGAUGCCUUUAUCCUUAUUGGUAAC